GUUAAAAUUUAUAACAAUAAAUUAAAUUGAUAUGCCUUGGUAUCUGUUUCCAAGUUGGCUUAAAUAUAUUAAUAGAGAUUCCGCAUUCUUACGGUUUAAAGAUACCUAGGUCGAAAGCUUGAAUAUUAGAUCCGGAACUAAUUUAUUAAUCGAUAACAUUGUCGAUAAAGAUGGGCUUACGGCUCAUAAUAUAUAUAUAUAUAUAUAUAUAUAUGAGUAUCACGUAUAUAUGCCCAGUGUGCAAUGGAAGUACCAUAAAGUUGCCCCCAUGUCGAAUAUGUAUGCGAUAUCUCACAAUCGUUUAAAAUUAAUAAUAGUUUUUAUGUCGACGAAUAAUAUCGCUUACACAUCUGUAAAAUGAUUUCCCCGGUCAUGUCACGAAUAAACACUAAUGCGAUGAUAUUCCUGCGAUAUCAUAUUUUAUCUGGGGUUUAUACGCCAUAGACCGUUUUCAUCAGAGGUAUAUUUAAAAAUGCCACCACCGAUGGUGAGCGAUAGGGCUGGCGACAACGAUCGCCGACGAGUGAUGAUUGCUCACUAGGUACUCAGUCUUCACUAUUGACUAUUGGUUUUUCAGCUUUUGCCGUUGCCCGUUUUUCAAUUCUUUGAUCUUUAAUUUGUUUGUGAUCGUUGUUCAGUGAAUUAAUUGGUUAAUUCUCGAAAGGAAAAACAAUGGCGGUAAUGAAACAGUGUGAGUCAGAACUUUUGAAGAUUGAACUAAACCGAUCUAUCCUUCCAAGUCAGACUUCACCGUGGCUAUCGCGUCAUUGCAGCAGAUCAACGAACCAUUUUUUACGAUAGUUGUUACUGGAAAAUCAUCGAAAAUGUCUGUUUGUAUUUUGUGUGUGAAACCAGCGCUCAAAUAUACCAAAUCUAGGGUGUCUUUACACAAAUUUCCAGUAUGUCCAAACAAACGGCAAAUCUGGCUAAACCGGUGUAGAUUAACGGAUGAACAAAUUUUACCACACCACAAGAUAUGUUCGCUACACUUUAAGCGGUCGUGUUUUAAACCCGGUACAAUGAGGCGUAAACUUUAUCGUGAUGCUGAACCUACCAUUUUUAAAAAAGGCCAUGCUAAAAUCACGAAUACACCAUUAAAAAACUUAGAAGUGAAAACUGGAAAAUUAACAAAACCGUCUCAAAGUUGUAUUCUGUGUGAGAAACCCGUGCCUGAAUAUCCCAUUCUCAUGAAGUCUUUCCAUAGAUUUCCAGUGCAUCCAAAAAAACGGCAAAUCUGGCUCAACCAUUGUGGAUUAACUAAUGAAGAAGUCUUACCAAACCAUAAGAUAUGUUCCCUACACUUUAAGCAGUCAUGUUUUAAAUCCGGUGCAAUGAGGAGUAGACUUUCUUCGGAUGCUGAACCAACCAUUUUUAAAGAAGGCCAUGAUAAAAUCACAAAUAUGCCACCAAAAAAUGUGAAAGGAAGAUCAAAAAAUUGCAACAAGAAAGGGAUUGCCGUCCAGCAUCAUCAGUCUCGUGAUAUUUUAAAGACCGUAAAUGCUGUUAAAAAAGGGAUUUCCAGUCAGAUGCUUGAGUCUUCUGAUAUUUCACCAAAAACAGUGAUUUUUGAUAAGAAUCGUUUGUCUCCUAAGAUUUUACCAACAAAAGCUGUUAAUGAAAAAUUUACCGAUCAGAUUAGCCAGUCUCGUGUUGUUUCACCUACAGAGUCUGUACAAAACGAGAUUUCCAGUCAGAAUCGUGAGUCUUGUGAUAUUGCAUUAACAAGAACUGUUAAAAGAAGGAUUGCCCGUCAGAAGCGCAAGUCUUGUAAUAUUUCACAAACAAAAUUGUCUAAUAAAGUAAUUGUCGAUCAGAAUAAUCAGUCUCGCAAUGUUUCACCGACCAAGUCUGUUCUAAAAGGGAUUCCCGAUCAAAAACAUGAGUCUUGUGAUAUUGCGUCAACAAAAGCUUGUAAAGAAAGAAUUGCUAAUCAAAAAAGUAAGUCUCGUGAUAUUUCGCCCACAAAGUCUGUUCAAAAUGAGAUUUUUUGUCAGAAUUGUGAAUCUUGUGAUUAUGCAUCGAAUCUAUCUUUCGCAAAAGAAGUAUAUGAACGUACAUUAAUUUUGGUAAAUAAUCUAAAAAAAAAAAUUGCUGGGCAAGAUGCAAUUAUCGAGAAUCUAAAAAAGGAAACGGCAUUAGCUAAAUCAAGGUUUGAAAAUGAUCGGUUGUUAAAUAAUCGAUUCCCAAAUCAUGAUAACACUAAGAAAUGAUUUACACUCAUAUGUUGGAGCCCUUUAAACAUUCUAUAUCUAUCAUAUAAACAAUAAACAGAAAAUGUUAAUUUUUUUUAUAAUAAUACUCUAAGGGAUAAAUAUUUCAUAA